UAAAUAUGGAUCGCAGGCUCGCGCUCGCGGCACAGCCUUCGUCGCGGCCGCCUUCCCUGAGCCCCUGCACCCCGGCUUGCUCCCGAGGGGCGCCCGGGCUGGGCUCCACUGCUGCAGUGUUAGUUACUGGCAGUAACAUCAGAGAUCCCCAUAAAUAUGCAGGAGCUGCAGGAGGCAAAGUAGAGUAGACGCUCGCGCUCUCACACGUUCGCUCGCCGCGCACCACGCGGGCCGUGUAGACCUCGCCCCCGAGCCACCUUGUCCCCCUUCCUCGCAGGCCGUUCAGGUUCCACUGCUGCCUGCUCCGAAGACCCUCCCGCCCCAGCGCCUUUGCCCCGCUCUCCCGCGCUCGCCUCCCUCCGGAGCGCGCACCCACCCAAGCGGCAAAGUUGUGACUACUUGGGCGCGGGUGACCGGCGCCCCGCUCUUUCCGCGCCCCGCGCAGACAACUUCCCGCGGCUCGGCCCCGCCGCGUCCCAGGCUCGCGCCUCCGGGGAUUCCGCGGCCCCCCAGCCUCCAAACCCGGCGGCGCGCCGGGCAGCGCUUCGGUGGCGGCGGCGGCCGUAGUGGCAGCGAAGGCGGCGGCGGCGGCGGCAGUGGCCGCUGCAGCCCCACACUCCGCCGCCAAACUGGAGGAGCGACGGAAGCCGGACCCCAGGAGGAUGGAGGAUGAAGCUGUCCUGGACAGAGGGGCUUCCUUCCUCAAGCAUGUGUGUGAUGAAGAAGAAGUAGAAGGCCACCAUACCAUUUACAUCGGAGUCCAUGUGCCGAAGAGUUACAGGAGAAGGAGACGUCACAAGAGAAAGACAGGGCACAAAGAAAAGAAGGAAAAGGAGAGAAUCUCUGAGAACUACUCUGACAAAUCAGAUAUUGAAAAUGCUGAUGAAUCCAGCAGCAGCAUCCUAAAACCUCUCAUCUCUCCUGCUGCAGAACGCAUCCGAUUCAUCUUGGGAGAGGAGGAUGACAGCCCAGCUCCCCCUCAGCUCUUCACGGAACUGGAUGAGCUGCUGGCCGUGGAUGGGCAGGAGAUGGAGUGGAAGGAAACAGCCAGAUGGAUCAAGUUUGAAGAAAAAGUGGAACAGGGCGGGGAAAGAUGGAGCAAGCCCCAUGUGGCCACAUUGUCCCUUCAUAGUUUAUUUGAGCUGAGGACGUGUAUGGAGAAGGGAUCCAUCAUGCUUGACCGGGAGGCUUCUUCUCUCCCACAGUUGGUGGAAAUGAUUGUUGACCAUCAGAUUGAGACAGGCCUGUUGAAAGCUGAACUUAAGGAUAAGGUGACCUAUACUUUGCUCCGGAAGCACCGGCAUCAAACCAAGAAAUCCAACCUUCGGUCCCUGGCUGACAUUGGGAAGACAGUCUCCAGUGCAAGUAGGAUGUUUACCAACCCUGAUAAUGGUAGCCCAGCCAUGACCCACAGGAAUCUGACUUCUUCCAGUCUGAAUGACAUUUCUGAUAAACCAGAGAAGGAUCAGCUGAAGAAUAAGUUCAUGAAAAAAUUGCCACGUGACGCAGAAGCUUCCAACGUGCUUGUUGGGGAGGUUGACUUUUUGGAUAAUCCUUUCAUUGCCUUUGUUAGGCUACAGCAGGCUGUCAUGCUGGGUGCCCUGACUGAAGUUCCUGUGCCCACAAGGUUCUUGUUCAUCCUCUUAGGUCCUAAGGGGAAAGCCAAGUCCUACCAUGAGAUUGGCAGAGCCAUUGCCACCUUGAUGUCUGAUGAGGUGUUUCAUGACAUUGCUUAUAAAGCAAAAGACAGGCACGACCUGAUUGCUGGUAUUGAUGAGUUCCUAGAUGAAGUCAUUGUCCUUCCACCUGGGGAAUGGGAUCCAGCAAUUAGGAUAGAGCCUCCUAAGAGUCUUCCAUCCUCUGACAAAAGAAAGAAUAUGUACUCAGGUGGAGAGAAUGUUCAGAUGAAUGGGGAUACGCCCCAUGAUGGAGGACAUGGAGGAGGAGGACAUGGGGAUUGUGAAGAAUUGCAGCGAACUGGACGGUUCUGUGGUGGACUAAUUAAAGACAUAAAGAGGAAAGCACCAUUUUUUGCCAGUGAUUUUUAUGAUGCUUUAAAUAUUCAAGCUCUUUCGGCAAUUCUCUUCAUUUAUCUGGCAACUGUAACUAAUGCUAUCACUUUUGGAGGACUGCUUGGGGAUGCCACUGACAACAUGCAGGGCGUGUUGGAGAGUUUCCUGGGCACUGCUGUCUCUGGAGCCAUCUUUUGCCUUUUCGCUGGUCAACCACUCACUAUUCUGAGCAGCACUGGACCUGUCCUAGUUUUUGAAAGGCUCCUAUUUAAUUUCAGCAAGGACCAUAAUUUUGAUUAUUUGGAGUUUCGCCUUUGGAUUGGCCUGUGGUCUGCCUUCCUGUGUCUCAUUUUGGUAGCCACUGAUGCCAGCUUCUUGGUUCAGUACUUCACACGUUUCACAGAAGAGGGCUUUUCUUCUCUGAUUAGCUUCAUCUUUAUCUAUGAUGCUUUCAAGAAGAUGAUCAAGCUUGCACAUUACUACCCCAUCAACUCCAACUUCAAAGUGGGCUACAACACUCUCUUUUCCUGUGCCUGUGUGCCACCUGACCCAGCUAAUAUCUCAAUAUCUAAUGACACCUCACUGGCCCCAGACCAUUGGCCAACUGUUUCUUCUACUGACAUGCACCAUAAUACUACCGUUGACUGGGCAUUUUUGUCGAAGAAGGAGUGUUCAAAAUACGGAGGAACGGUGGUGGGGAACAACUGUGAUUUUGUUCCUGAUAUCACACUCAUGUCUUUUAUCCUCUUCUUGGGAACCUACACCUCUUCGAUGGCUCUGAAAAAGUUCAAAACUAGUCGCUAUUUUCCAACCACUGCAAGAAAACUGAUCAGUGAUUUUGCCAUUAUCUUGUCCAUUCUCAUCUUUUGUGUAAUAGAUGCCCUGGUGGGCGUGGACACUCCAAAACUAAUUGUGCCAAGCGAGUUCAAGCCAACAAGUCCAAACCGAGGUUGGUUUGUUCCACCAUUUGGAGGGAACCCGUGGUGGGUGUGCCUUGCCGCUGCUAUCCCGGCUUUGUUGGUCACUAUACUGAUUUUCAUGGACCAACAAAUUACAGCUGUGAUUGUAAACAGGAAAGAACAUAAACUCAAGAAAGGAGCGGGUUAUCACUUGGAUCUCUUUUGGGUGGCCAUCCUCAUGGUGAUAUGCUCCUUCAUGGCUCUCCCGUGGUAUGUAGCUGCUACAGUCAUCUCCAUUGCUCACAUCGACAGUUUGAAGAUGGAGACAGAGACUUCUGCACCUGGAGAACAACCAAAGUUUCUAGGAGUGAGGGAACAAAGAGUCACUGGAACCCUUGUGUUUAUUCUGACUGGUCUGUCAGUCUUUAUGGCUCCCAUCUUGAAGUUUAUACCCAUGCCUGUACUCUAUGGUGUGUUCCUAUAUAUGGGAGUAGCAUCCCUUAAUGGUGUGCAGUUCAUGGAUCGUCUGAAGCUGCUUCUGAUGCCGCUGAAGCAUCAGCCUGACUUUAUCUACCUGCGUCAUGUUCCCCUGCGCAGAGUCCACCUGUUCACUUUCCUGCAGGUGUUGUGUCUGGCCCUGCUUUGGAUCCUCAAGUCAACUGUGGCUGCUAUCAUUUUUCCAGUAAUGAUCUUGGCACUUGUAGCUGUCAGAAAAGGCAUGGACUACCUCUUCUCCCAGCACGACCUCAGCUUCCUCGAUGAUGUCAUUCCAGAAAAGGACAAGAAAAAGAAGGAGGAUGAGAAGAAAAAGAAAAAGAAGAAGGGAAGUCUGGACAGUGAUAAUGACGAUGAGAAAGAUCACCAACAUUCCUUGAACGCCACACAUCAUGCUGAUAAAAUUCCUUUCCUUCAGUCACUCGGUUUGCCAAGUCCUCCUAGAACUCCAGUAAAAGUUGUGCCUCAAAUUAGAAUAGAACUUGAGCCUGAAGACAAUGAUUAUUUCUGGAGGAGCAAGGGAACAGAAACUACAUUGUAACCUAUUUGUCUUUCUUAAAACUGACAUUUUGUUGUUCAUGUUCUUCGUUUUUGUUUGGCUGUUUAUUUUUUAACUUUCGUUUUGUCUCAGUUUUUGGUCACUGGCCAAAUAAUACAGUGCUCUCUCUGCUUCUCUCUUGCAUAGAUACGAUCAAGGUAAUAGUGCGCCGUUCUUUAAAAACAGCAUCUGAGGAAUCCCCCUUUUGUUCUUAAACGUUCAGAUGUGUCCUCUGAUAACCCAAUUCUUCUGUCACUCAAGACAUGCACAGACCCUGUCCUUUGCCUCUAUUAAGCAGAGGAUAAAAGUAUUAAGGAUUUUAUAACACCUUUUAUUAAAAUAUUGAAGGAACUUACAACUUUAGCUUUGGAGCUGUGCUUACUGGCUUGUCUUUGUCUGGUAGAACAAACCUUGACCUCCAGACAGAGUCCCUUCUUUCUUAUAGAGCUCUCCGGGACUGGAAAAAGUGCUGCUAUUCUAACUUGCUCUUGCUUGUAAACCCUAAUCUUAGAGUUAUCAAAA